AUGGUGAUCACCCAAAAACUCAGGUUUAUCGUCAUCAAUAAGACGGCCGGCUCUCUGUACUCACUGAUCACUGACAGGAAAUAUCGUAGCACAUCACGGGGUCGUCAAAAGUGGAAGAGCCUUAUUGGUCCUUCUGCUUCUAUGCAACCAAAUUGUAACAAGGAGGGAUACAAUGCAGAUGCCGAUUAUGUUCGUGAGUUUAACGCAGAGUUCUCCGAGGCAAGAAUUGGUAUCCUAGGUAAUGAAAAGAAUGAUUGUCGAAGCUGUGAUUCUAGAAUCAGAUUCGGCACAGGGGGAUAUUCUCAUGAAAACAACACUUGCCGCAACGCAGCCAGACCUGGAGGAGAUAAUGGAGAUAAAAACACUAACGCUAUGGGCUAUAUAUUGGUGCUGUAG